AUGAUGCUCACCUGGUUUCUCUCUCUGGGUCUUGCAGCCCCCCCCACCGUGCGGAUCGUGCACUCGGGCCUGGCGUGCAACAUCGAGGAGGAGCGCUACUCGGAGAGGGUCUACACCAUCCGUGAGGGCGAGACGCUGGAGCUGACCUGCCUGGUCACCGGCCAUCCUCGGCCACAGAUCAGGUGGACCAAAACAGCAGGAAGUGCCUCUGACAGAUUUCAAGACUCGAGUGUCUUCAAUGAAACCCUGAGGAUAUCCAACAUCCAGCGACACCAAGGAGGACGCUACUACUGCAAGGCUGAGAACGGCUUGGGUUCGCCAGCCAUAAAGUCCAUAAGAGUGGAUGUGUACUAUUUGGACGAUCCAAUAGUAACAGUCCACCAGAGCAUCGGGGAAGCAAAAGAGCAGUUUUACUAUGAGAGAACGGUGUUUCUCAGGUGCGUUGCCAACUCCAAUCCGCCCGUUCGGUACAGCUGGCGACGCGGCCAAGAAGUAUUGCUGCAAGGGUCUGAUAAAGGAGUGGAGAUCUAUGAGCCCUUCUUUACGCAGGGAGAAACAAAGAUCCUGAAGCUGAAGAACCUCCGACCUCAGGACUACGCGAAUUACAGCUGCAUUGCCUCGGUGAGGAAUGUCUGCAGCAUCCCUGACAAGAUGGUGUCCUUCCGACUCUCUAAUAAAACAGCAUCCCCUUCAAUUAAGCUUCUUGUGGAUGACCCGAUAGUGGUGAACCCUGGAGAAGCGAUCACCUUAGUCUGUGUGACGACAGGAGGGGAGCCAGCCCCCAGCCUGACGUGGGUGAGGUCUGCCGGCAUCCUGCCCGAGAAGACGGUCCUGAAUGGCGGCACUUUAACGAUACCUGCCAUCACGUCAGAAGAUGCUGGCACGUACAGUUGCAUCGCCAAUAACAAUGUUGGAAAUCCUGCGAAAAAGUCCACCAACAUCAUCGUAAGAGCCUUAAAAAAAGGACGGUUUUGGAUCACCCCUGACCCAUACCACAAAGACGACAACAUCCAGAUUGGGCGGGAGGUGAAAAUCUCCUGCCAGGUGGAAGCCAUCCCUUCUGAAGAGCUUACGUUCAGCUGGUUUAAAAAUGGACGUCCCUUGCGAAGCUCUGAAAGGAUGGUCAUCACACAGACUGACCCCGAUGUUUCACCUGGCACCACAAACCUGGACAUCAUUGACUUGAAAUUCACUGACUUUGGGACAUACACGUGUGUUGCGUCUCUGAAGGGAGGUGGCAUAUCGGAUAUCAGCAUUGAUGUCAACAUCUCCAGCAGUACAGUCCCACCCAAUUUGACUGUUCCUCAAGAAAAGUCACCCCUGGUCACCCGGGAAGGGGACACGAUCGAGCUGCAGUGCCAGGUGACAGGGAAGCCCAAGCCCAUCAUUCUCUGGUCCCGAGCGGACAAGGAGGUUGCGAUGCCGGACGGGGCGAUGCAGACGGAGAGCUACGAUGGGAUCCUGAGGAUAGUGAACGUGUCCAGGGAGAUGACGGGAACCUAUAGGUGCCAGACCAGCCAAUACAACGGGUUUAAUGUGAAACCCAGAGAAGCUUUGGUACAGCUCAUUGUACAGUAUCCCCCCGCCGUGGAGCCCGCCUUCCUGGAGAUUCGGCAGGGCCAAGGCCGGAGCAUCACCAUGAGCUGCCGCGUCCUGAGGGCAUAUCCCACCCGGGUCCUCACCUACGAGUGGCGCCUGGGCAGCAAGCUGCUGCGCACCGGCCAGUUCGACGUGCAGGACUCCACCGAGUACACCGUCAGCAGCCUCUCUCGGGACAGCUACGGCAUCUACAACUGCAACAUCAUCAAUGAAGCAGGCGCUGGCCGGUGCAGCUUCCUCGUGACAGGCAAAGCCUACGCUCCCGAGUUCUACUACGACACCUACAACCCCCUGUGGCAGAACAGACCCCGCGUCUACUCCUACAGUCUCCAGUGGACCCAGAUGAACCCCGACGCUGUGGACCGCAUCCUUGCCUAUCGCUUGGGGAUUAGGCAGGCUGGACAGCAGCGUUGGUGGGAACAGGAAAUUACAGUGAAUGGAAAUAUUCAAAAGGGAGAAUUAAUUACCUACAACCUAACUGAGCUGAUCAAGCCAGAGGCAUAUGAAGUCCGUCUAACGCCCAUCACCAGGUUUGGGGAGGGCGACUCAACUAUUCGCGUCAUCAAGUAUAGCGCUCCAGUAAAUCCACAUCUACGAGAAUUCCACUGUGGGUUUGAGGACGGUAACAUUUGCCUUUUCACUCAAGAUGACACGGACAAUUUCGACUGGACAAAACAAAGCACUGCCACUAGAGACACAAAAUAUACCCCGAACACGGGGCCAAACGCAGAUCGGACUGGCUCCAAGGAAGGUUUCUACAUGUACAUUGAGACGUCACGCCCCAGGCUGGAAGGAGAAAAGGCCAGACUUGUUAGUCCUGUUUUCAGUGUCGCUCCAAAAAAUCCUUACGGAGCUACGAACACAGCCUAUUGUUUUAGCUUCUACUAUCACAUGUAUGGACAGCACAUAGGAAGCUUGAACGUUUACCUGCGGUUGAAAGGUCAGACCGCGAUAGAGAACCCGUUGUGGUCUUCGAGUGGAAAUAAGGGACAGCACUGGAACCAAGCCCGUGUUAAUAUAAACCCCCCGACUUCAUUUCAGCUCAUAUUUGAAGGGAUCCGGGGCCCCGGCAUCGAAGGUGAUAUUGCUAUUGAUGAUGUAUCAAUUGUGGAAGGAGAGUGUAUGAAAUCAGACCAACCGGCCAACAAUUUACGAUCAGGUGCUGUUGGGACAUUAGCGCAUAUACGACUUAUCCCAGUUAUCAUCCUCAUGUCUGUCUUAAGUCAUCAGAGGUGA